AUGCGAUAUAUUUACAGUGUUGACGUUAUAAACUCGGGCUGUCUCAGCGUGCUGCCAUCCUUUGGCUUUCUCUUUGACAUCGACGGGGUGCUGGUGCGAGGGAAGACCCCCAUUCCUGCCGCCAGAACAGCCUUUCAGAAGCUGGUCGAUUCCCAGGGACAGUUCCUGGUGCCCGUGGUCUUUGUCACCAACGCAGGCAACUGCCUGCGCCAGAAGAAAGCUGACCAGCUGUCUCACCUGCUGGGGGUUCCAAUUUCACAAGAUCAAGUGAUGAUGUCACACAGUCCUCUGCGGAUGUUCAAGCAUUACCAUGAAAAAUGUGUUCUGGUGUCUGGACAAGGACCACUUCUUGAUAUUGCUCAAGACCUCGGCUUCUGCCAGCCCAUCACCAUCGACACCCUGCGGGAGAAACGCCCCCUGCUCGAUGCAGUUGACCAUGACAGGAGACCCAACGUCCUGUCCCCCUCUGCUGUGGAGCUUCCCAAGAUUGAGGCUGUGGUGUUGUUUGGGGAGCCAGUCAGAUGGGAAACCAGCCUGCAGCUGAUCAUUGAUGUUCUGCUGACCAGUGGCUACCCUGGGAAUCCCUACGAGCAGGAGAGCUACCCCCACAUUCCUGUGCUCGCCUGUAACAUGGACCUGAUGUGGGUGGCUGAGGCACAGUCCCCGAGGUUUGGACAUGGAACGUUCAUGGUUUGUUUGGAGAACAUUUACAAGAAGAUCACUGGCAAAGAGCUGAAGUACGAGGCGUUGAUGGGCAAGCCCAGCAGGCUGACAUACCAGUAUGCAGAGCACCUGAUCCGGGCCCAGGCCCUGCAGAGGAGCUGGGAGCAGCCCAUCCAGACCCUCUAUGCUGUGGGGGACAACGUGAUGACGGACGUGUACGGCGCCAACCUGUACGACCGCUACCUGCGGGCGAGCUGCGGGGCCGGCUGCGUGCCGCGCCGGCGGCCCCCGGGCUGCCGCUGCCGCUCCGUGCUGGUCUGCACCGGCGUCUACAGCCCCCGCGCCCAGCCCGCCCCGGGCCCCCGCGGCCGCCCCGCGUUCCACGGCCACCGGGACUUCGGCUUCGACCCCGCCCUGGUGGAGCCCGAUCACAUCGUGCCUGACGUGGACGCUGCUGUGGACCUGGUCUUCCGGCUGGAGAACUUCGCGCCGCAUUGAGGCGACCUGCUUGCUCAAGGACCUCUCGGUGCUGUGCUUUACAAGAGUGCCACAAGCUGCUGCCUUCUACAUUUUUUAGCCUCUAAAUUAACACAAUCUUCCAUUAGGUAUUCUUCUGUUAGGUACACGUGUGUGUUCAAGUAUAUUAAAUAUCAAUAAUGCUUUUUAUAGUGCUUCUAAACAGGUAAUUUCGGGCUUGGGUUGCCCUUUAUUGUCUUCCUCUUUGUUAUGUGAGGUACUUUAACAGCAAUGUUUCAUAGUAGCCCGUUCAUGUAGUGGUACUUCAAUCCCUCCACGACAGUAACAGCAAUGUUUCAUGGUAGCCUGUUCAUGUAGUGGUACUUCAAUCCCUCCA